AUGUCUGCAUCGAUUCUGGUUGUUUUGACCGUUUUAUCGAUAUUCGCCAUUGGAGAGGGAACUUGUCCUGUUGACAUGGAUUUGGUUCUAAACUCGUGUUACUCAUGGCAUCAUUCUCCUCUUAGUGCAGUAGAGGCAGAGGGAUACUGCCCUAAACAGACAGGACCAAGAACCCUAGCAAUGUUUGCCUCCCAGCAAGAAGUCAGUCAGGUGUAUACCUACUUUUACAAUAAGUCUGGAAUCCAAGCUGGACAGACGAUCGAAGUGGCCAUUUGGGUUGCCAAUGCGUCUAUAGGAAUGCCGUCUCUUGGUCUUGGUUGUACCAUCUUUGCCACAGGAGGCGUUCUGUCGGAUGAGCCAUGUAACAUACCACACGGUGUCCUUUGUGAAAUAGAACUCGAUUCACCUUCAACAGAGCUCGCUACAACUGAUCGAACGACUGAUUCACCUUCAACAGAGCUCGCUACAACUGAUCUAACGACAGAUUCACCUUCGACAGAGCUCGCUACAACUGAUCAAACGACAGACUCACCUUCAACAGAGCUCGCUACAACUGAUCUAACGACUGAUUCACCUUCGACAGAGCUCGAUACAACUGAUUUAACGACAGAUUCACCUUCAACAGAGUUCGCUACUACUGAUCUAACGACUGAUUCACCUUCGACAGAGCUCGAUACAACUGAUUUAACGACAGAUUCACCUUCAACAGAGUUCGCUACUACUGAUCUAACGACAGAUUCACCUUCAACAGAGCUUGCUACAACCGAUCUAACGACAGACUCACCUUCAGCAGAGCUCGCUACAGUUACUGAUUUAACGACAGACUCACCUUCAACAGAGCUCUCUUCAACUGAUCUAACGACAUAUUUACCUUCAACAGAGCUCGCUACAACUGAUCUAACGACAGAUUCACCUUCAACAGAGCUCGCUAAAACUGAUCUAAUGACAGAUUCACCUUCAACAGGUCUCGAUACAACUGAUCAAACUACAGAUUCACCUUCAACAGAGCUCGCUACAACUGAUUUAACGACAGAUUCACCUUCAACAGAGUUCGCUACAACUGAUCAAACGACAGACUCACCUUCAACAGAGCUCGAUACAACUGAUCAAACUACAGAUUCACCUUCAACAGAGCUCGCUACAACUGAUUUAACGACAGAUUCACCUUCAACAGAGUUCGCUACAACUGAUCAAACGACAGACUCACCUUCAACAGAGCUCGCUACAACUGAUCUAACGACAGAUUCACCUUCAACAGAGCUUGCUACAACUGAUCUUAUGACAGAUUCACCUUCGACAGAACUCGGUACAACUGAUCUAACGACUGAUUCACCUUCGACAGAGCUUGAUACAACUGAUUUAACGACAGAUUCACCUUCAACAGAGCUUGCUACAACUGAUCUUAUGACAGAUUCACCUUCGACAGAGCUCGCUACAACUGAUCUAACGACUGAUUCACCUUCGACAGAGCUCGAUACAACUGAUUUAACGACAGAUUCACCUUCAACAGAGUUCGCUACAACUGAUCAAACGACAGACUCACCUUCAACAGAGCUCGCUACAACUGAUCUAACGACAGAUUCACCUUCAACAGAGCUUGCUACAACUGAUCUUAUGACAGAUUCACCUUCAACAGAGUUCGUUACAACUGAUCUAACGACAGAUUCACCUUCAACAGAGUUCGUUACAACUGAUCAAACGACAGAUUUACCUUCAACAGAGCUCGCUACAACUGAUCAAACGACAGACUCACCUUCAACAGAGCUCGCUACAACUGAUCUAACGACAGAUUCACCUUCAACAGAGCUUGCUACAACUGAUCUUAUGACAGAUUCACCUUCGACAGAACUCGGUACAACUGAUCUAACGACUGAUUCACCUUCAACAGAACUCGGUACAACUGAUCUAACGACUGAUUCACCUUCAACAGAGCUCGCUACAACUGAUCUUAUGACAGAUUCACCUUCGACAGAACUCGGUACAACUGAUCUAACGACUGAUUCACCUUCAACAGAACUCGGUACAACUGAUCAAACGACAGACUCACCUUCAACAGAGCUCGCUACAACUGAUCUAACGACUGAUUCACCUUCAACAGAGCUUGCUACAACUGAUCUUAUGACAGAUUCACCUUCGACAGAACUCGGUACAACUGAUCUAACGACUGAUUCACCUUCAACAGAACUCGGUACAACUGAUCUAACGACUGAUUCACCUUCGACAGAGCUUGAUACAACUGAUUUAACGACAGAUUCACCUUCAACAGAGUUCGCUACUACUGAUCAAACGACAGACUCACCUUCAACAGAGCUCGCUACAACUGAUCUAACGACAGAUUCACCUUCAACAGAGCUUGCUACAACUGAUCUUAUGACAGAUUCACCUUCAACAGAGUUCGUUACAACUGAUCUAACGACAGAUUCACCUUCAACAGAGUUCGUUACAACUGAUCAAACGACAGAUUUACCUUCAACAGAGCUCGCUACAACUGAUCUAACGACAGAUUCACCUUCAACAGAGCUCGCUACAACUGAUCAAACGACAGACUCACCUUCAACAGAGCUCGCUACAACUGAUCUAACGACUGAUUCACCUUCAACAGAGCUUGCUACAACUGAUCUUAUGACAGAUUCACCUUCAACAGUGUUCGCUACAACUGAUCUAACGACAGAUUCACCUUCGACAGAGCUCGUUACAACUGAUUUAACGACAGAUUCACCUUCAACAGAGUUCGCUACAACUGAUCUAACGACUGAUUCACCUUCAACAGAGCUUGCUACAACUGAUCUUAUGACAGAUUCACCUUCGACAGAACUCGGUACAACUGAUCUAACGACUGAUUCACCUUCAACAGAACUCGGUACAACUGAUCUAACGACUGAUUCACCUUCGACAGAGCUUGAUACAACUGAUUUAACGACAGAUUCACCUUCAACAGAGUUCGCUACUACUGAUCAAACGACAGACUCACCUUCAACAGAGCUCGCUACAACUGAUCUAACGACAGAUUCACCUUCAACAGAGCUUGCUACAACUGAUCUUAUGACAGAUUCACCUUCAACAGAGUUCGUUACAACUGAUCUAACGACAGAUUCACCUUCAACAGAGUUCGUUACAACUGAUCAAACGACAGAUUUACCUUCAACAGAGCUCGCUACAACUGAUCUAACGACAGAUUCACCUUCAACAGAGCUCGCUACAACUGAUCAAACGACAGAUUCACCUUCGACAGAGCCCUCUACAACCGAUCUAACGACUGAUUCACCUUCAACAGAGCUCGCUUCACCUGGCCUAAUGACAGAUUCACCUUCAACAGAGCUCGCUACAACUUAUCUAUUGACAGAUUCACCUUCAACAGAGCUCACUACAACUGAUCUAACGACAGAUUCACCUUCGACAGUGCUCGCUACAACCGAUCUAACGACACAAUCACCUUCAACAGUGCUCGCUACAUCUGAUCUAAUGACACAAUCACCUUCAACAGAGCUUGCUACAAUUACUGAUCUAACGACACAUUCACCUUCAUCAGAGCUCGCUACAACUGAUCUAACGACUGAUUUACUUUCAGCAGAGCUCGCUACAACUGAUCUAACGACAGAUUCACCUUCAACAGUGUUCGCUACAACUGAUCUAACGACAGAUUCACCUUCGACAGAGCUCGUUACAACUGAUUUAACGACAGAUUCACCUUCAACAGAGUUCGCUACAACUGAUCUAACGACUGAUUCACCUUCAACAGAGCUCGCUUCACCUGGCCUAAUGACAGAUUCACCUUCAACAGAGCUCGCUACAACUUAUCUAUUGACAGAUUCACCUUCAACAGAGCUCGCUACAACUGACCUAAUGACAGAUUCACCUUCAACAGAGCUCGCUACAACUGAUCUAAUGACAGAUUCACCUUCAACAGAGCUCGCUACAACUGAUCUAAUGACAGAUUCACCUUCAACAGAGCUCGCUACAACUGACCUAAUGACAGAUUCACCUUCAACAGAGCUCGCUACAACUGAUCGAACGACUGAUUCACCUUCAACAGAGCUCGCUACAACUGAUCUAACGACAGAUUCACCUUCGACAGAGCUCGUUACAACUUAUCAAACGACUGAUUCACCUUCAACAGGGUUCGAUACAACUGAUCAAACGACAUUUUUAAAUUCAACAGAGCCUGCUACAACUGAUCUAACGACAGAUUUACCUUCAACAGAGCUCGAUAUAACUGAUGUGCAAUCGUCUGCAGAAAGCACUUCAUCUACUCCAGAUGUUUCAACAUCCCUUACAACUAUCAAUUUUCCAACAACCUAUGGAACGACUGCUCUAACGUCAGAAUCAUCUGCAACUGAAUUACGCACUUCACAUACACAAAACCUAGGGACGACUAAAGUCACAUCACCGACUGAAAUCACAGCAGUUGGUCCGGUCACAACUAUGACAACAGAAAACAACACCCAAAGCGGCAUGGUCCCUACUUUCAAAUCAAUAGCUCAUGAAACAGGAAAGUCAUUUGUGUUACUUCAUGUUAAUUAUUCUGUUUCAUCAGUCGAUGUACUUUCUACUCAUGAAAUGAUUCAGACACGAAUCCGAUGUGCAUCAAAGUGCAGUGGAUUAUCCGAGUGUUAUGCUUUCACCUACUCCCACAUAACUCAAGAAUGUUUGGUCGGAAGAAACGUUAGUUAUCAGAGCCUGCAUGGAACCAGUGGUAUUACGUAUAGAAAAAUAGACCUGUAG